CUAGGGUUUUGUAAAAGAGAGAUCUUUUACGUCUGUUAGUUUCGAAUAGUUCAUAAUUUACUUUCCGGCUCAAAACCACACUGUUCUAGACUCAACCCCUUCGGAUUCCCCACCUUCUCUCCUCUCGCAAAACAUAGUAAACGACCAGAAGUUGAACCAAUCUGCGAAUCCCACCGAUCGACGACUAUCUUAUCUAUCCAAUAGUAACGUGCAACUUUUGGGUUUUAGAUCCUAUUCUCUCAUCAGUGAAGUUCUUAUAUCCUGAUGUAACUAUUGGAUCCUGGGUAUUUUCUGAUAAACAACUUGGUCUCAUCUAACCGGAUUCUCAGUGACUUCAUUCACUGUUCUUAGAAUUUAAUGGGGAAAAAUGAUAAGAAGAAAGCUCGGAAGAGUCAAAAAGACAAGCAGUCGCCUGCCCCUGUUCAGAAAGCUUUUUCCCAGAAAACCCUUUCAAUUGCUGAUCCUGUGGAGAGAAAAUGUACCCAUCUGGAAAAGGGCAUUGAUUUGGAAAAGCUUUUUUCAACUUUUGGGUCCUUAGAGGACAUCAAAACUUCUGGGUCCUUAGUGGACAUCAAAUGCAACGAAUGCAGGGAGGGGGUAGCUGAUAAACGAACAAACAAAGGUAAAGCAAAAGGGAAGAAAAAAUCAGGUUCUACUAGCCACAAAGCGGUUUGGAUUUGCUUACAAUGUGGACAACUAUGUUGUGGAGGAAUUGGAUUUCCAACAACCCCACAAACCCAUGCCCUCCGCCACACAAAGCAAACCAGACAUCCAUUGGUAAUCCAGUUUGAAAACCCUCACCUUCGCUGGUGUUUCCCAUGUGGUACACUUAUCCCAGUCCAUGAUUUUGAGGUAAAUGAGGAGAAGAAGGAUGUUUUAUCAACUUUGGUGAAACAAAUAAAGACGCAGUUAGCAGCAGAGGUACCACCCUAUGUGGAUGAUGCUCCGUUUGUGAGUGGCAGUGUUACUACUGAAAUAAAGAUGAAAGCUAUGGUUCCAAAUUUACAUGACAGAACAAGUAGUCAGAGGGUCAGAGGCUUAGUUAAUCUUGGAAAUACUUGUUUCUUUAAUUCGAUAAUGCAGAAUCUAUUGGCAAUGAAUAAAUUGCGCACCCAUUACUCUGAGCUGAACGAGUUUUUUGGCCACCUUACUGCUUCUUUGAAAAAGCUGUUCAUUGAAACCAUUUCCGAGGGUGGUUCAAGAAACGUGGUAAACCCGAGAUCACUUUUUGGAUGUGUUACUGCUAAAUCACCCCAAUUUAGGGGAUACCAACAGCAAGAUAGUCAUGAACUGCUUCGCUGUUUACUUGAUGGGUUGUGCAUAGAAGAGCUGAGUGCCAGAAAAGGCAAUGCUUCGACUGGUGGUCAAACAGAUUUGUCUAACCCUGUUCCAACCUUUGUAGACACAGUAUUUGGCGGGCGUCUAUCUAGCACUGUUUCUUGUUUUGAAUGCGGCCAUUCUUCAACAGUGUACGAACCAUUUCUCGAUCUUUCCCUCCCUCUUCCGAUUAAGAAACCACCACCUAAAAAGUUCCAACCUGUUUCUCGAGGGAAGAAGACAAAGCCUCCUCCAAAAAGAGUUGGUAGAUCCCGUAUUAAAGCUACUACAUCUUUAGAUUCUUUCAUAUCUAACAAUAAGGGUGGGAAUUCUCAUGUAGAAACUAGUGGGAAUAAGGAAGAAACUGUUGAGGCUUUCACAGAUGAUUCUACAAAGGUAAAAGUCGGCGAAGAGAAUGAAAAGAAACCAUGCCAUGAUGAAGAAGAAGCAUUGGAUCAGACAUCAUGUUCGUUGAAUUUCCUUGAUACAGAUACUUCAAUAAAUGUUACUUCUAUUGUUUCAGAAGCUAUUCAAUGUGAUUCCUCAUUGCUGAAAGAUAAAGAUGUUGAUUUUAUUGAUGGGAUGGAAAAAGUCGAAUCAUCAAACGAUUUGGCAUGGAUGGAUUACCUUGAUUCAGAUACAUUAUUGCCCAGCCAUGACGAGAUAAUCAGCAAUCUUGACCUCAUUCAAAGUGAUGCCACUUCUCAACCUAAUGUUGAUAUAUUGUGCAAUACUUCUGAAAAUGAGCUACCGAUGCUGCCUGUUGAUGGUUCUCAAAUUAUUUUACUACCUUAUGGAGAAUCCUCGUGCAGCGGUGAGAUUUGGGGAGGGGAAGGUGAGCUUGUCUCGUCAACCGUUGAUCAAGGGGAAUGGGAUGGCUUGGGGGACUUAUUCAAUGAGCCGGAGGAGGUUGUUAUGGGUCCUGAAGUGAAACCGUUUAGUAGUCAGACAAAUGAUUUUAGCAGUGAAUCUGAUCGAGAUGAAGUUGACAGUGAUUCACCCGUGUCUAUAGAGAGCUGUUUGGCGUAUUUCAUAAAACCAGAGCUCCUCUCUGGCGAACAUGCCUGGCAUUGUGAGAAUUGCUCGAGAAUUCUGCAAGAACAAAAGACGAAGUCAAAGAAAAUGAAGCAAAAUUCUUUGUCUGAAAAGCUUAGUAAUGGGUAUUUACAUAAAGAUGUACUUUCUAAUACAAUUACCAUAGAGGAGACAAAUAUAAAAGCUGAGCUGAAUCCAACUAUGACUGAGAUUGAAGAAGGAAAACAAGAGACGAUUGAUGAAUUUACAGGGCAAUCACAUCCUUCAAGUAGCUGUGAACCAUGUAAGGCAAUCAUCAAUGGUCAGGGGAACAAUUCUUGCAAUAAUAAUCAUAACCCUAACCCUAGCAUUGCUGGACAUCUGAACGAGCUUGAGACCCCCUUAUUGUCACCGAGAGGAUCUGAAGCAGAUGGAGGUUUGAAGGAAGAGGUAGAUUGCAAAAGCAUGAAGGUGAAGAGGAGUGCAAGCAAAAAAAUGUUAAUUAAUAAGGCACCUCCUAUUUUGACAAUUCAUCUGAAGAGGUUUAGCCAAGAUGCCCGUGGACGCUUGAGUAAAUUAAGUGGUCAUGUCGGGUUCAGAGAUACCAUUGAUCUUAGUCAAUAUAUAGACCAAAGGUGCAUAAAUGACAAUGAACACAAAUAUCGCCUUCUUGGCAUUGUGGAGCAUCAGGGUACCAUGAGAGGAGGCCACUAUGUUGCCUAUGUUAGGGCCCCUAAUGACGAUACUGGUCGUGUCUGGUAUCAUGCAAGUGAUGCUUAUGUAAGUGAAGUGUCGAUGGAAGAAGUUCUUCGAAGUGAGGCCUAUAUUCUAUUCUAUGAGAAAAUAUGAGGAGCAUACACAGCUUCAUUUUAUCAUUCUUUAUAAUUUUUUUGUGUCACAUGAUACGGGCAAUCAGACUUUGCCCCCCAGGAGUGUACCAUUGUUACUUUGAUAUUCAAUACCAAAUGUUUUUUUUGGAUAUGCUUUUAGCAGAAGUUGACUAUGUACCAAAUGUCUGCUUUUUUUUGAUGAGUUGAGAACUUCAGAUAUGUACUGAAAAGGAGAGUAAUUCAUGAUCAUUAGUUUCUUGA